CAAAACUGCAAAUGGUUGAGACUUGUGUGAUGUGCUUUUUUGUAGAUAAAAUUUCCUAAAAUACUAUUUUCUACUUGAAAACCGUUUUUGAUAGUUAAAUAAAUUUAAUCUUUGCACUGUAAUAUAUAAGAAAUUUGCAAAGCCGGAGCCGAAUGGUCAUUAAUACUUUAGGGUCGAAUUUUGAGGUACAAACUUGCAAAAAAAUAUAGCAACUGUGGUGAUAAAGGCCUCGUAAUUUGUUGUUUUGUGACUGUGAAGAUGACGACCUCCUCGGAAGAUGUAUUGCUCAGCGUGAGCCAUGUGAGGUUUAAAAAAGGCGAUGGCACCCUGUAUGUGAUGAAUCAAAGACUGGCUUGGAUGUUGGAAAAUCGAGACACUGUUGCUGUAUCACACAAAUAUGCGGACAUUAAAACACAAAAGAUAUCUCCCAUAGGGAAACCAAAGGUUCAACUUCAAGUAGUACUUCAUGAUGGCACAUGUUCCACAUUUCAUUUUGUGAAUCCAGCAGGGGCAGACGCUCAAGCUAAAGACCGGGAUCAAGUGAAGCUGUUGUUACAAGAUUUGUUGCCAAAGUUUAAAAGACAAAUAGAUGGAGAACUCGAGAUGAAGUCUAAAUUAUUGUCUUUACAUCCUAAUUUAAAGCAUUUAUAUGAAGACUUAGUGAUAUCAAAAGUAAUUAAUAGUGAAGAAUACUGGAAUACUCCUACAUUAAAACUUUAUACAGAAUCUAAUAAUAUAAAACAGGAAGCUGGUGUAUCAGGGGCAUUCCUGGCAGAUAUCCAGCCACAAACUGACGGUUGCAACGGCCUCAAAUACAACCUUACGCAAGACAUAAUAGACGCCAUAUUUAAAACUUAUCCGGCUGUCAGGAAGAAACACAGCGACUAUGUUCCCAAUAAGAUGACGGAGGCUGAAUUUUGGACUAAAUUCUUCCAAUCUCAUUAUUUUCAUAGGGAUCGCAUUGCGUCGUCGUCGAGCAAGGAUCUGUUCGGUGAAUGUGCCAAGAUGGACGACCAUGCGAUAGCUUCCGCUAUGAGACACACCACGCUAGAUCUCACGGUGGACUUGCCGUCGUUCAGCGAGGGCGCUCCGCUGGCCGACGAGGAGCCCCCGGAGCGCGGGGACUCCUCCAUACACCGCAACAUGAUCAAGCGGUUCAACCAACACUCCAUCAUGGUGCUCAAAGCUAGUCAUAAAACAAAUUCUAGUAGUAAUAGUAAUAGUAGCAAUAAAACCACAAACAAUAACAAAGUCAUAGAGAAUGGAGUGAAAGAGACGAACGGCGUAGAGAAGAGGCCAUCAGAAGAACCCGUAGAAGGCCCACCGGAUAAAAAGCGAAGGAUAUUAGAGAAAUUACACUACGAAGACUUAGAAGCUCCCACCGAGGACCCGGAGACGCAAGAACUCAAAUUAUCUAAAGUAGAGAGAUAUCUCCUGGGUCCGUCGUCGCAGGUCAACCAGACCGGCCCCAACACUAACUCCCCUCCGCUAUCUGCGCUAGCGUCGAUAUGUCAGGCGUGGAGUAGCGGGCAGCAAUGUUCCCGGCCCGCCCGGGUAUCGGCGUCGGCAUGCGUGGCCGCACUGGGGGAGCUGAGUCCCGGGGGGGGGCUCAUGAGGCAUCACCAUGCUGCCAGCAUGUCCCAAUUGAUCCCGGCGGACGUAAAGAGUGAGCUCCAUCGUAUAUAUCUGUCCGGGGGGGAGUUGAUUCGUGAGCUGUGGCGCAGCUUCCCGGCACCCGGGGCUACGGAUGCGGCUGCCAUAGCUAGAGCUCAUGGCUUCUACGAUGCGCUGCUGAGGUUCCGAAACCUUAAACUCAGGCCGUUUGAGGUAAAUAUCGAAACAAAUAUACUAUCUAUAUAUACAGGUUGUUACAAAAUUACAAAUAAAGCUUGAAGGGCGUUGAAGUACAUCAUAUAAGGAGUCUUC